AUGCUCCGCCCGGGCGCGCUGCGGCUGCGGGGUCUCCUGAAGUGGGGCUCCCCAGGGCGCCCGAGCUCCACCGGCUGCCGGGAAGGACAGGAAGUCCCACCCUCCCCCCAAGAAUGGAAGGACACGGCAGAGACGGUGAUCAUUGGAGGCGGCUGUGUGGGCGUGAGUCUGGCUUAUCAUCUGGCCAAGGCAGGGAUGAAAGAUGUGGUCCUGCUGGAGAAAUCGGAGCUCACAGCCGGCUCUACCUGGCACGCAGCAGGUUUAACGACUUACUUUCACCCCGGGAUAAACUUGAAGAAGAUACACUAUGACAGCAUCAAACUUUACGAGAAGCUAGAAGAAGAAACUGGGCAGGUGGUGGGAUUCCAUCAGCCAGGUAGUAUCAGACUUGCCACAACACCUGUAAGGGUAGAUGAAUUUAAAUAUCAAAUGACGCGGACCAACUGGCAUGCCACAGAACAGUAUAUUAUUGAGCCUGAAAAAAUCCAAGAGAUGUUCCCUCUGCUCAACAUGAACAAGAUUUUAGCUGGACUGUAUAAUCCAGGAGAUGGUCACAUUGAUCCUUAUUCAAUGACAAUGGCCCUGGCUGCUGGGGCUAGGAAAUAUGGGGCCCUUCUAAAGUAUCCUGCACCGGUGACAUCUCUGAAGCCCAGGCCAGAUGGGACAUGGGAUGUGGAAACUCCACAAGGGUCUGUGAGAGCAAAUAGAAUUGUGAAUGCUGCCGGAUUUUGGGCUCGCGAAGUAGGCAAAAUGAUUGGACUAGAGCAUCCUCUCAUCCCUGUACAACACCAGUACGUGGUCACAUCGACAAUACCGGAAGUGAAAGCUUUGAAACGAGAGCUCCCGGUACUCCGCGACCUGGAAGGAUCCUACUACCUCCGACAAGAAAGGGACGGGCUUUUGUUUGGCCCCUACGAAAGUCAGGAGAAGAUGAAACUCCAGGCCUCCUGGGUCACUCACGGGGUCCCUCCAGGCUUUGGGAAGGAGCUUUUUGAGUCUGACCUGGACCGGAUCACAGACCACUUGGAAGCUGCCAUGGAAAUGGUUCCCGUUUUGAAAAAGGCAGACAUCAUCAACAUCGUCAAUGGCCCUAUCACCUACUCUCCAGACAUCCUGCCUAUGGUGGGGCCCCAUCAGGGGGUCAGAAACUACUGGGUGGCUGUAGGCUUCGGCUACGGCAUAAUCCAUGCUGGUGGGGUAGGGAAGUACCUCAGUGACUGGAUCCUGCAUGGAGAACCCCCUUUUGACCUGAUAGAACUGGACCCCAACCGCUAUGGCAAAUGGACCACAGCACAGUACACCGAGGCCAAAGCCAGAGAAUCGUACGGGUUCAACAACAUUGUUGGUUAUCCUAAAGAAGAGAGGUUUGCCGGGAGACCAACCCAGAGGGUCAGUGGGCUCUACAAGACCCUGGCGUCCAAGUGUUCCAUGGGCUUCCAUGCAGGCUGGGAACAGCCACACUGGUUCUACAAACCUGGCCAGGACACUCAGUACAGGCCAAGUUUCCGCCGCACAAACUGGUUUGAGCCAGUAGGUUCUGAGUACAAACAGGUUAUGCAAAGAGUUGGUGUAAUUGACCUGUCUCCAUUUGGCAAGUUCAACAUCAAAGGCCAAGAUUCCAUCAGAUUUCUGGACCAUCUCUUUGCAAAUGUCAUUCCAAAGGUGGGUUUUACAAACAUAAGUCACAUGUUGACACCCAAAGGUCGAGUGUAUGCUGAGCUGACUGUUUCACACCAGUCUCCGGGGGAGUUCCUGUUGAUUACUGGCUCUGGAUCAGAACUUCACGAUCUUAGAUGGAUUGAAGAAGCAGCUGUCAGAGGUGGAUAUAAUGUUGAAAUUCGAAACAUAACUGAUGAGCUUGGGGUCCUGGGAGUGGCAGGGCCAUAUGCAAGGCGCGUCCUUCAGAAGCUGACCUCAGAAGAUCUCCGCGAUGAUGUUUUCAAGUUUCUUCAAACCAAGACUUUAAAGAUGUCUGACAUUCCUGUCACUGCUAUAAGGAUCUCUUAUACUGGUGAGCUGGGAUGGGAGCUGUACCACAGACGAGAAGAUUCCGCAGCGCUAUAUGAACUCAUCAUGAACGCAGGCCAGGAGGAGGGGAUCGACAAUUUUGGAACAUAUGCCCUGAAUGCCUUAAGACUGGAGAAAGCCUUCCGAGCCUGGGGAUCAGAGAUGAACUGUGAUACAAACCCCUUGGAAGCUGGACUGGAGUAUUUUGUCAAGCUGAAUAAGCCAGCCGACUUCAUUGGAAAGCAAGCGCUGAAGCGGAUCAAAGCUGAGGGGCUGAAGCGGAGACUCGUCUGCCUCACCUUGGCAACGGAGGAUGUGGAUCCGGAGGGAAAUGAAAGCAUUUGGUACAAGGGCAAGGUGGUGGGCAACACAACUUCAGGAAGCUAUAGUUACAGCAUCCAGAAGAGCCUGGCUUUUGCUUACGUCCCUGUAGAGCUCAGUGACGUGGGGCAGCAGGUGGAGGUUGAACUGCUGGGGAAGAAUUACACAGCAACCAUCAUCCAAGAGCCCCUGGUGCUCACAGAACCUGCCAGAACCAGGCUUCAGAAGGACGGUAGAAAGUGAAAACUUGAGCAGGACCCAUGCCCACCAACUGGGCCGUAGCUGACAGGACUGGUCUCGAGUCCCGCUCCAACCAGGAUGAAGGUCGC